AUGAAGCUAUGGCGUCUCCUUGGUAAACAAGGGAAGUUCUCACCGCCAAGGACUGGAUCAGACACGAGAAACUUCGGCAAAGUCAUCGAAUCAACUGUCGCCGCCAAGGACUGGAUCAGACACGAACAGCUGUUAGUAAUCAAACAACUCAUAACUUCACCGCCAAGGACUGGAUCAGACAUGAAGCUACGGCGUCUCCUUGGUAAACAAGGGAAGACUGGAUCAGACAUGAAGCUAUGGCGUCUCCUUGGUAAACAAGGGAAGUUCUCACCGCCAAGGACUGGAUCAGACACGAGAAACUUCGGCAAAGUCAUCGAAUCAACUGUCGCCGCCAAGGACUGGAUCAGACACGAACAGCUGUUAGUAAUCAAACAACUCAUAACUUCACCGCCAAGGACUGGAUCAGACAUGAAGCUAUGGCGUCUCCUUGAUAAACAAGGGAAGUUCUCGCCGCCAAGGACUGGAUCAGACACAAGAAACUUCAGCAUAGUCGUACCCUCUUAA